AUGUAAAACAAUUUGUUAGAUUAUAAAUAGGAUGAAUAGGCUAUAAAAAAAAUAAUAGAUAAAGAAAUAAAUGGGAAAUCUAAAAGUUUAUUUGAUCCUAACACUUAUUAUACUUAGUUUUAAAAUUUAACUUCAGAUAGUUUAUAAAAAUGUGAAAAAUCAUCAACAUAGAAGGGUGCAAAAGAAAUGAAUGAAUGUAUAAAAUUAUAAUCAAUUGAGUUAAGGCAUAAGUUAUAACUUAAGAUAAAGUAAUUGAAGCAAUAAGAGCAGCAAAUUUUGUAGAAAUUUAGAAUGUCAAUUUUAGAUUCAAAAAGCUGCUAAAAGAAAUUUUGGAAUAAAUAGCAGAAUAAUUGGGAAAUAUAUUUAAGAAUGAAUAUUUAAAAUUAUGGUUAGAAUGGAAAAGUGCAAAGAUAGCAUUAUAAGAAAAAGAAGUCAAAUUGAAGAAUUCAGAAAUGUCUUAAUAAUUAUAAGAAUAAGAACUUAUUUAAAUAAGAACAGAAUUUACAGCAUAAACUGCUUUUCUAAGUUUGAAUAAGGAGCUUGAAACAAAUCUUAAGAAUUUAGAGAAAGAAAAUACUAAUUUGAAAGAGAGUUUAAAGCAUCUUAAUUUAUAUUGUAAUGAAUUGAAAUAGAGUAAUGAAGAACUUAAUAAAAAUUUAAAGAAGCUAGAGUAAUAAUAUGAAGAGGCAAAAUAGAAAUAUGAACAAGAAAUAAAUUAAUUGAAGGAACGUGAAUUAAAUUUAAUAAAGGCUAAUAAGGAUCUUGUUGAUUUUAACAACUAAUUAUAAUCAUAAUUAGAUAAGUAUAGAAAUUUAUAUGAAUUGUAAAACCAGAGAAAUAAUGAUUUAACUGAUUAAGUUAGAUAUUGGAAAUCAACUCAUUAAUAAAGAUUAACGGAUUUAUAAUAAUCAGAAUAAAGAAUAGGAUCAUAGAAAGGUUAUCUUUUUAAAUACAGAAGAGAAGUAUAAGACUUAAAAAGAUUCAAAUUGUAUAGUGAGGAGGCUUAAAAGGAAUUAUCAAAUGCUAGAUAGACAGUUCAUUAAUUAAAUUAAUAGACAGAAUAAUUAAGAUUUAAUUAUGAAAAUGUAAUUCAGCAAAAUUAAAAUAUUUAGACUGAGAAAACAGAAAAUUUAAAUUAAAUAUUAUUGAAAAAUGCUAAAUAAACUAAAAUGACUAAUAAUGAAACAAAUGUUUUUUAUGAGUAGCCAUAAAAAACUAAAUUUGAUUUUCACAGUGUAAAAAAGAUUACACAACCAUCAAUUGAUGAAUAAACAUAGUUUGUAGUAAGUUAUACAAAAGUUCCAAUGUAUUCUAGAACUAAAACAAGAAGUGUUAGUGCAUAGAAAAAUUCUUAAUCAGAGACAGAUACAUCAAAAAAUAAUAUAGGAGGAUUAUAAGAAUUUGAAUUGCUUACACCAUUUACAGAGAGUACACUAAAUUAAUUUAAUUGUAAUUCUGCAUCAAAACAUUCUUCAAGUAAAAAUAAAAGAAUAAAAAGAUAAAAUACAUAAAGUUGA